CUGUCUGCAUAAAUGGAAGCCUCAAAUUUCAAGCUUUGGAAAAAAAUAUUCAAAUAUAGUCUUGCGUUAUUCAAAUGUCGAUUUCAAAAUAAAUAUUUCUUCAUCGGUAUCGAUGCAUCUUCCAUCUCUAGGUACGGCUAAUAUCGUACAAUCGAUAUCAGGAGAUGCAAAUCCUGAAGAGAAGGAAAAACAAGACUUAUUUGGUCCUCGCAGCAGCCACAUCCGUAUCCCUGGCCCGUGUAAAAUGGCAGAUGAAGUGGUCACCCAGCCCGAUGGCCAGCGCCAGUUUAUUUGCGGCGUAAUUGAGGGGUUCUACGGCCGACCGUGGACCACGGAGCAGCGAAAGGACCUGUUUAGGAAGCUCAAGUCGAUGGGUCUUGGCUCCAGUCCGUCCUAUAUGUACGCCCCGAAGGAUGACUACAAGCACCGCGCCUACUGGCGUGAGUUGUACACUGUAGAGGAGGCGGAUCACCUGUCCAGUCUGAUAGCGGCGGCGAAAGAGGCGGGGAUCACCUUUUACUACGCCCUCUCGCCGGGCCUGGACAUGACCUACAGCAGCCCCAAGGAGAUCGCCACGCUGAAGCGCAAGCUUGAUCAGGUUUCGCAGUUCGGCUGCGAGGCCUAUGCCCUCUUGUUCGACGAUAUCGAGUCGGAGCUCUCGAAGGCGGACAAGGAGGUCUUUCAGACGUUCGCCAACGCCCAUGUAUCGGUGACCAAUGAAAUAUACUCGCACCUGGGCAGCCCCAAGUUUCUCUUCUGCCCCACCCAGUACUGUGCCUCUAGAGCUGUUCCCACGGUCCAGGAGUCCGAGUACCUGCACACCCUGGGCUCCAAGCUGAACAACGACAUCGACAUCCUUUGGACGGGUGAUAAGGUCAUUUCGAAGACCAUAACCCUUGAGUCAAUUCAAGAGAUAACCGAGGUGCUGCGCCGUCCACCGUGCAUCUGGGACAAUCUGCACGCCAACGACUACGACCAGAAGCGCGUCUUUCUGGGUCCCUACAGCGGUCGCUCGCCGGAGCUGAUCCCCCACCUGCGGGGCGUGAUGACCAACCCCAACUGUGAGUUUUACGGCAAUUUUGUUGCCAUCCACUCUCUGGCCUUUUGGUCGCGCUGCAGCCUGGAUUCGAAGGUAAACAGCUCACUAAGCGCGGAUAUAAAAUUGGAGACUGAAAACGAGGACGAACUUCCGGCGGAGUUCCUCUCGAAAAACGUAUACCACCCGCGAUUGGCUCUCAAAAAUGCUAUUACGGAGUGGCUGCCGGAAUUCUUUAUGGAGAAGGAAGCAUGGGGGCCAAUCACCAAACCCCAACCGCAAGUGCAAAUGGUCAUGCCCAUCAUUCCCAUAAUACCAUCCAUCAACACCUGCAUGAGUCUCACCACCACCACAACCACGUCGACAAGCUCAAGGACGGUUCCUGAGGUCAAUACCACUCAACUGCAAGCCCUGGCUGAUGUUUGCGUUGUGACGUCGUCCUUGACUCCAAUCUCCAAUCCUGUGAUGAACUCGCUAGUUUCGCCCACCAAAGUGAUAACGAACGACGACAUCAUCAACCCCAUUCCGACCACAGCAGCCAGCAACAUUGAACUGCCCAAGAAAAUACCAAUCUCUGUCGUCCCGGUUCCCAUAAUGGAGGCAAAGGCCGUAGAGGAAUCCGUGGAACUGACUCUGGACAAUGCGACUUUCGAUGAGAAUGAAAUCGAGCCGAAAAGCGAUUCGGUGAAGGAGCGGCUUGAACUGGAUGUGGACGACUUGGAGGAGAAGCAGGAACCUGUGGCCAGUCUUAGUGUAGACGCAAUGCUUGACGACACAAACGCCAGUCUAAGUCCGCUAAGCGGCGGUGCCAAUGAACCCAUGGAGUGCAGCAGCAGCAUCGCCUCACAGGUUUCUCCACGGGAGGACGAGGUAAUAAAACUGGUGGCCGACGAUGUGAUUAUGGAGUCUGUCAACGAUGUGCAUAGUAUGCAUGUGGAGAGUGGGACUUCGUCGCCGAUCUCAAAUACGGAAAUGCGCGAGGAAAACGAAGCUCACUCGGUUGGGACAAUUGAGAAUAAUACGACCGCGGGCGGAUGUGAGCCAAAGAUGACUAUCGAGGAUCUGGGCCUUCUCUGCGAUCUCUUUUACCUGCCUUUCGAGCACGGCAGCCGUGGUCACAAGCUGCUUGUCGAAUUCAACUGGCUGAAGGCCAAUGCAAAUGUGAUACUCCAGGACCGUUCUGCCGGUGGCGGAGGUGAUGCCAUCAAAAGCAUAAAGCCAGAGGUCAGCGAGUGGCUACUACGCUGUGAGCAGUUUGACGAGCUCUGCAGCAGCGUCGUCCAGCUGCUCAUAAAAAUCGCUCAUUGUCAGAACAAGGAGAUCUGCCACGAACUUUACUCGUAUGUGUGGGAUAUCUCCGGAUCCCUGUCUCUGCUCAACUGCUACAUUAAGUGGCUGGCUCUCGGUCAUUUCCCGCAAAACACUUCCUCUUACACGGAAGGCAGCUAUACUUGGUUUAGCAAGGGUUGGAAGGAGGCUUUUAUGUCCGGCGACCAGGAGCCGUGGGUCUUCAGGGGCGGCCUCAUUGCGGACCUACAGCGACUGAUGCCCGUGGACUCGGGCAACGACCUGUUCGUGUACAAGCUUCCGGAGCAGCCCACAGCUAAUUACUAUCUCCUGAGGCCCUACUGCAAUGCAGACGAGCAGAACGUCAAUGAUGUGUGCACCCGAUUGUAUCUGAAGUGGCAGGAAGAGCAAGACGGAGCUGGUCAGAUCGCGUUUCCACUGCCGUCGAAUGUGUUCAACAUUGUGGCGGACGGACUUAUUGGGGCGCAUCUUACACUCAGUCCGGAACUGUGCAUUGUGGCCUACGAUGAGAGCAACAGCAUUAUAGGCUACGCGUGCGCGGUCUUGGACGUCAAUAUAUUCCGACGCAACCUGGAGAUGUGCUGGUUAACAGAGCUGCGUGAGAAGUACCCCAAGGACCUUAGCUUGCAGGAGGCCAGCGAAGAGGUAAGGCGGCUCGUUACACGCUUUGUGGAUCAGUUUCACGGCAGCAGCGGCCACGCGGCUUUAGAGCAAUGUCCCCCGGAAGUAAGCGGCUCCUUUCCCGCCGUGCUAAUAUCCGGUACUCUGCGGGAGGCAGAGGAGAAGGACUCCGGCAUAACCAAGCGUAUGCUUACCGUGCUGCUAGCUGCCCUGCGAGCAAACGGUUGCUUUGGUGCUCACGUGUGUGUGCCCGAGCAGGACGUCGCCCAGGUGAACUUCUAUUCCAGGAUUGGUUUCGUGGAUGUGUAUCGCGAGGAGGCCACCCAUUGCAUUUACCUGGGGCGCCGGUUCUAGCGCUACUACUUCCGGUUGCCAGCUUCACUGCCUCCACUUUUAAUGUUCCUUCUUCUUUGGUAUUCCGGCUAGCGGUGCUAGCCACUCCACUCCGUACUGUCGUACUUGUCCUUUUUGUAUUCUCAUAAGGUAUAAAGUUUGUAUUACUGACCAACCCUUCUAGCAUUUAUCUUAAGCAACGUUUUCUUGUCGUGGAAAACAAUAAAAUACCAGUUUAAUAACUA